AAAAACAAAAUGGAUAUAGUGAAAUGUAACUUGUGUGGAAAAGUGUUUACCGGGGGGUUACUAGAUUAAAACAACAUAUUGGUCAUGUGCCGGGAAAUGUAAGUCGAUGUCCAAACUCUACAAAAGAUGAUCAAUUGAGAAUGCGAAAUUUUAUUAACGAAGGAAGAUAAAAAAGAAUGCUAAACUCGAACAUGAUAAGGCCUUAAGAUCGGAGGCAAUACAAGUGUUAAAUGAUAGUGUUGAAAUGGAUGAAAUAUAAGAUUCUUUAGGGUCGAAAGCACCAAGUUAUAUAGGCCCCAUGGAUGGCUAUGUGAACAAAAUAAACCCUGAAAUUAUGAAGGGAAAGGGAAAAAAAGUUGAUCUUAAUGAUGUUGUUCGGAAAGAAAGAAUUUUAGCGUGUCAUAAAUUCAUUAGUAGGUGGGCAUAUAAAACUGCAAUUCCUUUUCAUGCACUGGAAGAUGAUAGCUUCAAGAUGAUGUUGGAGGUUGUUGGCCAAUUUGGAAUAGGGCUCACACCUCCUACCAGAUAUUCUUUGAGUGACCCGCUUCUAAAGCAUGAGGUUGAAAGAACAAAAAGUUUGUUGAAAAAAAACGAAGAAGUAUGGAAAGAGAUUGGAUGCUCGAUCAUGGCAGAUGCUUGGUCUGAUAGAAAGAGAAGAAGCAUUAUGAAUUUAUGUGUAAAUUCAAGAAUGGGUACCGUUUUUAUAUCAUCAAAAGAAUGUUCCAAUGAAUCACAUACAAGUCAAUACAUAUAUGAUUAUGUGGAAUCUUGCAUUCAACAAGGUGGUCCCGAUCAUGUUGUUCAAGUUGUGACCGAUAAUGCCACGAAUAACAUGGGAGCUGCAAAGUUACUACAAGAGAAAAGACCAACUAUUUUUUGGACAUCAUGUGCGACACACACAAUUAACCUUAUGCUCGAAGGUAUCGGUGGACUUCCAAGGUUUAAGAAAGUCUUAGAUCAAGCAAAGAAAUUAACCAUCUUCAUUUAUGCUCACCACAAAACCUUGGCUAUGAUGAGAAACCACACCAAGAAAAGGGAACUUAUCCGACCGGGAGUCACGGGAUUUGCUUCCGCCUUUCUAACAUUACAAAGUUUAUCCGAAAAGAAGGAGCAACUGAAAAAUAUGUUCUCUAGUAGCGAGUGGGAGGAAUGCAAAUUUUCUGGAACACCUAAAGGAAGAGCCUCAUAUGGAACAGUGACAAGUCUUCAAUUUUGGGCCGGUGUGACACAAUGUUUAAAAGUGUUUUCCCCUUUGGUGAAAGUCCUUCGAAUGGUUGACGCGGAUUGGAAGCCCUCAAUGGGUUUUGUUUAUGGGGAGCUUAAAGUAGCAAAAGAAGAAAUUAUGAAAGCUUUGGGUGGUAACGAAAAAGCUUACAAGCCUAUUAUAGAUAUCAUAAACCACAAGAUGAAAGGUAGGCUAGCUUAAAAAUUACAUUUGAUGGCUUAUCUUUUGAAUCCUUAUUAUCAUUAUAAGGAUUCCCAACUCCAACAUGAUCCCGACGUAAUUGAUGCGGUUCUUGAAUUUUUGAUACAUUACUUUUUGGAGAUUUUGAGAUGCAAAGACAAGUUGUGAUGAUAGAUUUGCGAAAAUACAAGGAAAAAGUUGAUAGAUUUGGAGCGGAUCUUGCAAUUAAAGGUUGUAUGGUGAACACUGUCGACUUUGAUCCGGGUAAUGUGCUUUUUGUUUAUUUUAGUAAUUUAUAAAAUAAUAGAAUUUUAUAUCUAUCAAUUUAAUAAUGUGUUUUUGUUUUAAAAUGA